AAAUUCCCAAUCUCCCUUAGCUUUUUCCUUAUGAUGGUUACUCUCAAGAUGACUACUGUCCUUGGAAACCACUCUGAGAAACCGGUGGCGACAAACAAGGUUGCAGGAAAGCUGAGUUCUACUCUCACAUGGGUGAAGAACACAGUCUCGCAAACAGUCAGCCAAAUGGCCAGCCAGGUGGCAAGUCCAUCUGCUUCUUUACAUACGACGUCCUCCUCUACCACACUGUCCACACCAGCUGUUUCACCAUCUUCCCCAUCACAACUGAGUCCUGACGACUUAGAACUCCUGGCUAAACUGGAAGAACAGAACAGACUGUUAGAGACAGACAGUAAAUCCUUAAGAUCUGUAAAUGGGUCAAGAAGAAACAGUGGAUCCUCUCUUGUAUCAAGUUCAUCUGCCUCUAGCAAUCUCAGCCACCUUGAAGAAGAUUCUUGGAUCCUCUGGGGAAGAAUUGUUAAUGAAUGGGAAGAUGUUCGCAAAAAGAAAGAAAAACAAGUUAAGGAACUUGUUCGAAAAGGGAUACCUCACCAUUUCAGAGCAAUUGUUUGGCAACUUUUAUGCAAUGCUCAGAGCAUGCCAAUUAAGGAUCAGUAUUCUGAGCUCCUGAAAAUGACCUCACCCUGCGAAAAACUUAUCAGAAGGGACAUUGCAAGAACCUACCCUGAACAUGACUUCUUUAAAGAAAAAGAUAGCCUUGGGCAGGAAGUUUUAUUUAAUGUAAUGAAGGCAUAUUCUUUAGUGGAUCGUGAAGUUGGCUAUUGCCAGGGAAGUGCUUUUAUAGUUGGACUGCUACUCAUGCAGAUGCCUGAAGAAGAAGCUUUCUGUGUGUUUGUUAAAUUAAUGCAAGAUUAUAGACUGCGUGAACUCUUUAAGCCAAGUAUGGCAGAAUUGGGCCUUUGCAUGUACCAGUUUGAAUGCAUGAUACAGGAGCAUCUACCAGAACUCUUUGUACAUUUUCAGUCUCAAAGUUUCCAUACAUCUAUGUAUGCAUCAUCCUGGUUUCUGACCAUCUUUCUUACAACUUUCCCACUCCCGGUGGCAACAAGGAUUUUUGAUAUAUUUAUGUCAGAGGGCUUGGAGAUAGUGUUUCGGGUUGGACUCGCCGUUCUGCAGAUGAAUCAAACAGAACUCAUGCAACUUGACAUGGAAGGAAUGUUACAGCAUUUUCAAAAGGUCAUUCCGCAUCAGUUUGACAGUGGUCCAGACAAAUUAAUUCAAGCAUCUUAUCAAGUCAAAUACAAUACAAAAAAGAUGAAAAAGUUAGAAAAGGAAUACACUACAAUAAAAACUAAGGAAAUGGAAGAGCAAGUUGAAAUUAAAAGGUUACGCACAGAAAAUAGACUUCUAAAACAGCGCAUUGAAACAUUAGAAAAAGAAAGUGCUUCCUUGGCAGAUAGAUUGAUACAGGGACAAGUGACAAGAGCCCAGGAGGCUGAGGAAAACUACCUCAUAAAACGGGAGUUGGCCACCAUCAAACAGCAGAGUGAUGAGGCCAGUACUAAACUGGAGCACGCUGAGAAUACCAUCAGGGAGCUCCAGGAGCAGCAGCAAUGGCACAAAUGCAGCGCCCGCUACAGUGAAAAGUUUGUGCUGCAGCUGGAGGAGGAGUUGGUCCAAGCCAGACUGAAUGAAGCUGAGUCUCAGUGUGCCCUGAAGGAAAUGCAGGAGAAAGUUCUGGAUAUAGAAAAGAGAAAUAAUUCCUUGCCUGACGAGAAUAAUGUUGCAAGUCUUCAGGAGGAAUUAAUUGCGGUGAAACUGAGAGAAGCAGAAGCUUUAAUGGGUUUGAAAGAACUUAGGCAGCAGGUGAAGGACUUGGAAGAACAUUGGCAGCGCCAUCUAGGUCGAACUACUGGGAGAUGGAAAGACCCACCCAGGAAGAAUGCAAUGAAUGAAUUGCAAGAUGAACUAAUGACCAUACGACUUAGAGAGGCUGAAACUCAAGCAGAGAUCAAAGAAAUAAAGCAAAGGAUGAUGGAAAUGGAAACACAGAACCAAAUCAAUAGCAAUCACUUAAGAAGGGCAGAGCAGGAGGUGAGCAGCCUGCAGAGGAAGGUGCAGUGUCUCUCCACAGAGAACAGAGAAUUACUCUCCCAGUUAAGUGAAGCAAGACGCAGGCAAGCGGAGAUGGAAUACAAGAACAAAGAGGAAGUCAUGGCAGUCCGUCUUCGAGAAGCAGACAGCAUUGCAGCUGUGGCUGAACUGCAGCAGCAUAUUGCUGAGCUGGAGAUCCAGAAAGAAGAAGGAAAGGUUCAAGGGCAGCUCAAUAAGUCCGACUCCACCCAGUACGUGAGAGAGCUGGAAGAGCAGAUAGCCGAGCUGCAUCACGAGAGUUGGAGAGAUCAGUUACUAACUGUGGAUGCUACUAUCAGAAAUUUAUUCAGCCCUGCACCCAAGCUAUGGUCCCUGCAUUGCCCUCACCUAUUCCAUUAACCCUGGGCCAACAGUCUCUGAGCUUGUUUAAUGUUUUGCAGAAUGGGAGCCCAAACACACAUCCAUUCCUUUGACCUUACAAGAAGGCAUUUUUGAAAUUAUACCAUCAUGUAUUGCAAUUAUUUUACUAGAAGUCUUUUGUUAUUUGUCCCAGCUAGACAUUUUAAGAAUUGAAGUUGAGAAUACAAAAGUACUAAAAGUAUUUCUAAAGAUUCUUUAAAUUUCCCUCUACUGAUAGUCCCUCUGGCAUUUGCCAUUUAGUGUAAAAUGUCUAUAUCUCUGGGUUCAUACAUAAUUAAUUGCCACCAAAAAUGAUGAAAAGAAAAAGGCAUCCAGGCAAGAAGGAAUGACUUUCCUUAAGCCUUCCCUAUAUCCUGCUAAACUGGAGAGGGCUUAUAAACGAAGAAAGAAUUAAAUGAGGUCAGGCUUCCUUCUCAACAUCCAGUUACAAAUAGUUUAAUCAUUGUCCUCUGUGGUUCUUGGAUCCCCUUUUUCUUCUUUUAUUCAAACUGAAUGGAACUCAUUGAUUUAUAAAACUGUCUGCUGUGAGUUCCACAUCGCUACUUUGUAUGCUUCCUUUGUUUCCGGUUAAAUCUUACAAAACUCAAGUGUGUUACCUCGAUUACAGGAGUGGUAUCCAAGAUUAGAGUUGGCCUUCUUACCCACAGGCUCCAUCGAUAAACCACAGACUACCUCUGGAGGCAGAAAGAAGGUCCAGAAAUAGUGGUUUCUCUUUGUACUUAUGAAUGAGGGUUUUUUUUAGAACAUAUUUUAAAACAUCUAUUCUUUUGUGUUAACACUUUAUUUCAGAAAUGCAAUCAAUUUCUCACCAAGUAAAUCUCAACAAAUUGUUCUACAGUAGUCAUUGUUAGCUUUCUCCUAUUAUAUAAGCUGAAUGACUCCAGAAAAUCGUUUAAUUGUAUUAAGAUUCACAAGGUUUCAUACAAAUGGAGUGCCUUUUAUUCAAGAAGUCGUGUGUGUGUAGUUUCAGGGGACAGCUAGGUGACUCGGUGCCUGGAGAUGAGGGGUCCCGACCUCAGAUACUGGGCAAGUCACUUAACUCCAGGGAUUCUUAGUAUCACUUCUAAAGGAGAAGGCAAAGGGUUUUAAAAUAAAAUAAAAUGAAUGCUUACCAUUCAGUUCAAAGUGUUUCAGAGAAUUGCUGCCUCUCAGAUAAGGAAAUACCCUACGGCUGCCGGUCCUCCCUCUUAAUUAUACUAGAUAGACUGUCUUUGCUCUUUUUGGAGUGCAGGUACUAUAUGGAAAACUGGCCCGUUAGCAAGCAUCUAUUUACCAGUGCUGGGCAUGUGGUACGGAUAGGCAGAGAGACACCCACUGCCCUCAAGGAGCUGAUGCUGUGUUCUAAUGAGGGAAACCAACGCAUAAAAAAAAAAGAAGCAGCAGCAGCUGAGAGGGCUGGGAGAGACCAAGGUCCCUCUCACUGGGACUCAAGAGACAACAUUGGAGUGUGGACAGGAGUGAGGCGCGGCUGUCCUGGGCGCCCUCCUUCCGCGGAGACUCGGGGGAGCCGUUGGGGCACUGGGGAAGGACAUUUGAAAAUCCUAAAUUGAGGUUUAAAUCGUAGAAUUUUAGAAUUGGAAGCCACCUUUCAUGUUAUCUGGUUGAAGCUUUUCAUUUUAGUGAUAAGAAAACUUAAUACGCAGAUUGGUUAAAUGACUCG